AAAGGGGAGGGCCGAACAGACCCCUCUCCUCCCUGCAGCAGAAGAUGUGUGCUCCUCUGAGUGGGAAACGGUUUGUGAACGAGCUCCCAGCCCAGAGCCGGAGCAGUCAGCGUCAACCAUCAGAUGUUCAGAGCAGCUCCUGUCCCAUCUGGACAUCACAAGGCCUCUCCAUCUCAAGAGCAGAAGUGAAGGAGCAGAAACUCUCGUUGCUCGGUCAAGCGUGGAAGGCCGGAGUGAGAGACAGAGAGGGGCAGAAACAUGGACACGUGCGCCUGUGCUUUGGAGCUGCUGGGGAUGCUGGUCUAUGUCGGAGCGUGGCUCUGCACUUUGGCCACCACCAUCCUACCGCAGUGGCUCACCAUGUCCACCGCCCUGCUGCCUGUGGAGAGCUACGAGCUGGGCCUGUGGGAGACCUGUGUGGUCCAGGACGUCGGGGGCAUGGAGUGCAGAGCCUACGACAGCCUGCUGGGUCUUUCCAGUGACCUCAAACUGGCCCGCAUCUUCAUGUGCGCCUCCCUUGCUGUUGGCAUCCUGGGAAUACUGGUGGCUAUACCUGGACUUUACCUGGUCAACACCUGUAAGGAUCAAGGAGGCACCAGAACCAAAAGGGUCUUAACUAUCAUAGGGGGGAUUCUGGGGGUGGUGGCCGGAGUGCUCUGCCUGAUCCCUGUGUCCUAUAUGGCACAUUUAGCAGUCAUCCAUUUCUUUGAUGAUAAAGUUCCUGAUGUGGUGCCGCGGUGGGAGUUCGGUGAUGCCUUGUUCUGCGGGUGGGUAGGAGGGUUUCUCCUCAUAGUGGCCGGGCUCCUUCUGCUCACCUCCUGCUUCUGCACACAGGUGGAGCCUCAGCCGGCGCUGCAGCGCAGGUACCAGGUCAUGAGCACAGACGUUUCCUACAGGAAGCGAUCAGAAUACGUUUAACAUUUCCACUUCCACCAGGCUCAUUUAAGGGUUAGGGUUAGGAAAAGAGUAAGUUCCAAAGAGGAAGAUAUGAUGCACUGGCACUACUUCCUGAAAACAGAAAUCCUAUUAUUGGUGGAAAUCAAAAACUCUUUAUUUUAGAUAUCUGAUCAAAGAAGACUACUUGACCACUGGGCUCUGAUUAGGUUAGGAAGAAGGUGUCGUCCAAAAGGAAAUGAAGCCCGGCUUUAGUUUCUGGGCUACCUUUGUGCCAUGUUUGGACUGAUGUACUUUAGGUUGUGUUUUAGCCACAAGCUUAACAAAGAAAAUGGAAGAAUUCCCUUUCAAAUGAAGUCUGACAUCUGUGUUAUAACCCUAAAACCUGAAGAAAAAAAAGGGUGGUGAAAAGGGUGGAUGUUAACAGGUUAAGAAGUGAAAUAUAUAUUUUAAAAAAAACUGCAUAGAGACUGACGGCACUACACAAUCACCUGUAGAACUGCACUUCAUACUGAUUUAAAGAUGUAAAUAUGGUUUAUGUUCAAGAUGCCAAUAUAGGUUUGUAGAAAAAAGGAUUUCAGCAAAAUGCUUGAAUUUUUGUAAAAGAAAUCCAAGAUCAACAGUGGCAACUAUGUAGAAAAUAUCUGUAAAUCCUCAGUGAAUAUUUGCUUUAGCUUUUUUACAUUAUCUGCACAGUCCAGCUGCAUUUAAAAACUGCUGUGACCAGUAAAUGUACAAUAUGUUUUAUAAAAUGCUUUUUUUUUCUGAGAUGACUUCAGGGUCUUUCUCUUAUCACUUCAAGAAAAUAGUUUGUUUUACAGGACACUUUAUAGCCUUUUCCAUGCUGUGAUUGUAAAUUAUUGUUAAUACUAAAGCACAGAGAUUUUGUGUCUUGUUAAGUUUGUGUUGCAUUGUGCAGCACAUUCAGAUGAUUCUCAUAAACACUUCUGUUGAAAUUAA